UCUUAAAAUGGCGGCCGUACAAGGUGGUCUGGUCGACGCGAACGAAGAAAAGGACAUAAAAUCGGAACCAGCGAACGAUACCUGGGCAAACAAUAAUGCGAACGACGGACGACUGCCCUCUGCAUCGCCCGGCGCCAGUGCUGCGGCCGGAGGCAACAAAACGGCGGCGGUGGCGACGGCGGCAGCCCCGGAGGACCAGCAGACGCUGCUGGCGGUCCUGCAGUUCCUCAGGAAGAACAAACUCACCGAGUCCGUCGAAAUUCUGCGUCGCGAAGCGGGAUUACCGGAGGACUCUCUGGAGUCGAAGGGGGCCGACUCGUCCGGGGCCGGCUCGGGAGGCGCCGCGGGCGGUGUGGACUCGGAAGGCGGGGAGGCGAGCUCCCUCCUCAGCCGGGUGACCGUGUCAUCCUCCGCCGCUCCUCCGGCGCCAACAAAAGCUGCAGCUGGGGAGGAUCAGCCCGAUGUCAACGUGGUGCUGUCAGCCUACAGCCAGCAGGGAGACCCGGUUCUGUAUCCGGUGUACUACAGCGGCCUGAAGAGGUUCAUAGAAACUGUUCUGGAUUGUCACAGAGCCGAGCUGUCUCAGGUCUUCUACCCGCUGUUUGUUCACAUGUAUCUGGAGCUGGUGUACAAUAAUCACGAGAGCGAGGCCAAGGCUUUCUUUGAAAAGUUCUGUGGGGACCAGGAAUGCUAUUAUGGGGACGACUUGCGCAUUUUGUCCAGCCUGUCGAAGAGGGAGCACAUGAGAGGCAACGAGACCCUGCUUGACUUCCGCACCAGCAAGUUUGUCCUGCGCAUCUCCCGUGAUUCGUACCAGCUGCUGAAGAGACACCUGCAGGAGCGUCAGAACAACCAGAUCUGGAACAUUAUCCAAGAGCACCUCUACAUUGACAUCUUUGAUGGCAUUCCACGCAGCAAGGGCCAGAUCGAUGCCAUGUCGGGCAGCUUGGCUGGAGAGGCCAAGCGAGAGGCCAACAAGGCAAAGGUUUACUAUGGAUUGCUGAAGGAGCCGGAAAUUGAGCUGCCACUUGAUGAUGAGGAUGAGGAGGCAGAGAACGAGGAGGGUAAACCCAAAAAGAAGAAGCCAAAGAAGGACAGUAUGGGCUCCAAGAGCAAGAAGCAGGAUCCUAAUGCACCUGCACAAACUAGGAUACCUUUGCCAGAAUUGAAGGAUUCAGACAAGCUGGACAAGAUCAUGUACAUGAAGGAGGCCACCAAGAAAAUCCGCCUGGGACCAGACAACCUCCCCUCCAUCUGCUUCUACUCUUUUCUAAAUGCGUACCAGGGUUUGACUGCGGUAGACUUCACAGACGACUCCAGCCUGAUUGCAGGAGGCUUUGCUGACUCCACAGUGCGGGUUUGGAGUGUCACGCCGAAAAAGCUCCGCAAGGUCAAGUCUGCAGCAGACUUGAAUCUGAUUGACAAAGAGUCUGACGAUGUGCUGGAGAGGAUCAUGGACGAGAAGACAGCCAGUGAGUCAAAGAUCCUCCAUGGACACAGCGGCCCGGUGUAUGGCAUCAGCUUCAGCCCAGACAGAAACUACCUGUUGUCAAGUUCUGAAGACGGUACGAUCAGGCUGUGGAGUUUGCUAACAUUUACUUGUCUAGUGGGCUACAAGGGCCACAAUUACCCAGUGUGGGACACCCAGUUUUCUCCCCAUGGCUACUAUUUUAUCUCCGGAGGACAUGACAGAGUUGCCCGUCUGUGGGCGACGGAUCACUACCAGCCUCUACGGAUGUUUUCUGGUCAUCUAGCUGACAUCACUUGCACCCGUUUCCACCCCAACUCCAACUAUGUAGCCACAGGGUCGUCUGACCGCACCAUCCGCCUCUGGGACGUCCUGAACGGAAACUGUGUCCGUAUAUUCACAGGGCAUAAGGGUCCUAUACAUACGCUGGCUUUUUCUCCCAAUGGGAAGUUCUUGGCGUCUGGAGCCACUGAUGGAAGAGUUCUUCUCUGGGACAUUGGUCACGGACUGAUGAUCGGAGAGCUCAAAGGUCACACAGAUACCGUCUAUUCCCUCAGGUUCAGCAGGGAUGGCGAGAUCCUUGCCUCCGGUUCCAUGGACAACACAGUUCGUCUUUGGGACGCAACAAAAGCAUUCGAUGAUCUAGAGACUGACGACUUCACAGCAGCCACGGGACACAUUCAUCUACAAGAUAACUCCCAGGAGCUUCUUCUGGGCACCUACAUGACUAAAUCCACACCUGUCAUACAUCUUCACUUCACCCGAAGGAACCUGCUGCUGGCUGCUGGCGCCUACAAUCCAUAAAACAUUACUGGAUUUUGAGAGGGGGAAAAAUGGACGCAUGACAUUAUGCAAAUGUUUUGUCCCAUAGUUCUACAAAUAACAGAGGUUUGUGGGGCAGAGGGAACAGUUUUAUGAAACUGUAUUAUCCCUUCACCUGCAGUGGACAUCUAGCUGUGAAUGAGGGUAGAAAUGAUGCUGGCCCACUCCUGUCCUGGCCCAAGUCUGAAAGAUUAAGGCCCCAAAUCAACCUCAUCUAUUGCAGAUAUUCCUUUGCCUGUGGGAAGUGCCAUUGGUGAUUGAGGACCAUGUAUAGAAAAUGAUCACUGCGUGUAAAACUUUGCUCAACUCAUGACUAACAUUUCUGUAUCAUAGUCUUUUAUACUGGUGUACACUGUAAAUAAAACAAAGUGUUUUCUAUG